UCAAAACACAUGAAAAUCUUAAAAUAAUGGAAAAUUAGUGCAGAAGAGGAAAUUUAGUGAACAAUUUAAAGUUUUUCUGUGAAAAAUUCAAAUGUUGGUGAUUAGUGUGAAUAGCCGUGUAAAAAUCAAUGGAAAAUGCUUGGAAAAUAUGUAUUUUGCAGUGAAAGUGUAAGAAAACAGUGUUUGUGGAGUGGAAGAAGGACCUUUACAAGAUUAUUCUCAGCCCUGUGCAAUUGGCAACUUCCGGAAAGGCCUGUUUGAAGCUAAAAACAAGCAGUAAUUAUGUAAGGUUCAGAAAUAAUUAACACGAGGAUGGUCCAGGAAUGUUUUGAUUUUCCUGAAUGUUUUGAAUUUGAUUUUCCUCAUUUUCCUCUUGCACUUUUUUCCACUUCCACACAUUUUCAUACCACCUUGAAUUUUUGGAUUAAAUUAGCGGUUAAAAUACAUUUUCCUUAAUUUUUUCACAUAAACGACUUCGGCCCAUUUAGCCGACGAUUUUGUCCAGUAUCCAAAAAGUUUAGUGUGGUAUUUUUUUCCGGGUAGCCUUUCUCACUUUUCACCAGUAUUUUAGGAGUCUUUUGCAAAAUCGUUAGUAUCACGAGACUACAUUAUUCUCCAAGGACUUUGUCAAAUCCCUGGUACCAAUAAAAUUAAAGAAUGUCUGCCGGAUCCUGGUCAAAGCUUCAGAAGAUCUCAACGGUACUCUUUGGUGCCGUUGGUGGGGCUACUGCGUACUACUUCUACACACGGAAGCAAGAAUCCAACACUGUGUUCAAUUCCUGGACUACAAACUUUGAGGUUUCUCCGUGUGGAAAAUGGGAUUCCAAUUGGGAUCAUCGUGAACCCACGUCAAUUGUGAAGCCACUGAAGAAGGAUGUGGAUGCCACCGAGGAGAACAAGUAUAAUGAAAAAUUAGAGAAAGCAACUCCAAAAGCCAUUCGGCAUUUAAUUCUCAUCCGUCACGGGCAGUACAACCAAUCCGGAGAAUCGGAUAGUAAGCACUAUCUCACGGAGAUUGGAAGGAAACAGGCAGCAUUCACGGGAGAUCGUUUGAAGCUACUGCAAAUAAACUGGGAUAAGAUGAUCAAAUCUACGCUCCUUCGUGCCCAGGAAACGGGCUCUAUUAUAUCGACCUCACUGCCACAGGUCCCAGUGGAGAAUUGCUCUCUUCUCGAGGAGGGUGCCCCCAUUCCUCCAGAACCGCCAAUUGGUCACUGGAAACCAGAGAAGCAUCAGUUCUUCCAGGACGGCGCUAGAAUUGAGGCUGCUUUCCGAAAGUAUUUUCACAGGGCUUCUCCAGAGCAGACUAAGGAUUCUUACACUCUUCUCGUUUGUCAUGCCAAUGUAAUUAGAUAUUUUGUAUGCCGAGCUCUUCAGUUCCCACCUGAGGCUUGGCUUAGGAUCUCCCUGAAUCAUGCUUCCGUCACCUGGAUCUCCAUUCUACCCUCUGGGCGUGUUCUUCUGCGCGGUCUUGGUGAUUCUGGGCAUAUUCCACCCGAAUACGUGACUUGCAGAUAAGCACCCCAUCAUACUUUAUGAACAUAUCUUUACAACAACCACAAAAGUCUCAUUAAAUUUGAUGUAGAAAAUGAGAAUCUUGCGAAUUUUGAAAUGUACUUCUCUUUAUUUUAUAGACACACUGAAAGUUUACAUUAACAUUUUUUUCUUCAUUCUUCAAUAGUGUGUAAAGAUAGUUUUGUUUUAAAAUUUAAUUUUAACAUCAAAAUAUUCGAAAGUUUUAAAUUUUUUUUUAUCUUAAAUUCUGUAAUUCAAAGAGACAAAAACACCACGCGGUACAAAGUUUUGAAAGGAAGAACUUUGUGCCCCUUUUUAAAGUUUCUUUUUUUAUACAUUUAAAAUUCGAGCGAGUCCACAUGAAAGUGUCUCAAUUUGCGCUAUAUUCUCAUAAGUUACGAUACAAUAAUCUUUUUUUUAUAUAUUGAUAAGAUUUUUUUGAUUUCAUUUUAUCUGUUUUUCUUUUUCUUUUAAACAAUAUUAGUGAUGAUAAGUAUGAUUUUUUUAAUACGAUUAAAAUUGUCACACGCAAAAAGUUGUACGAGCAAAAAGGACGAUAAAAUGUUAAUCUUCAUUUUC